AUGGGGCCCGGUGCUCCUCUCCUCAUCGUGCUCCUUCUGUCGUGGUCGGGACCCCUUCAGGGACAGCAGCACCACCUGGUGGAGUACAUGGAACGCCGACUAGUUGCCUUAGAGGAACGGCUGGCCCAGUGCCAGGACCAGAGCAGUCGGCAUGCCGCUGAGCUGCGGGACUUCAAGAACAAGAUGCUGCCGCUGCUGGAGGUGGCCGAGAAGGAGCGGGAGGCCCUCCGAACUGAGGCGGACACCAUCGCUGGGAGAGUGGACCGUCUGGAGCGGGAGGUUGACUAUCUGGAGAUGCAGACCCCAGCUCUACCCUGCGAAGAAGUUGACGAGAAAGUGGCGGGAGGCCCCGGGACCAAAGGCAAGGGCAGAAGAAAUGAGAAGUACGAUAUGGUGACAGACUGUGGCUACACGAUCUCUCAGGUGAGGUCAAUGAAGAUCCUGAAACGGUUCGGGGGCCCAGCUGGGCUGUGGACCAAGGACCCCGUGGGAGCCGCAGAGAAGAUCUACGUGCUAGAUGGGACACAGAACGACACAGCCUUUGUCUUCCCGAGGCUGCGUGACUUCACCCUUGCCAUGGCAGCCCGGAAGGCCUCCCGCAUCCGGGUCCCCUUCCCCUGGGUCGGCACGGGGCAGCUGGUCUAUGGCGGCUUUCUUUAUUACGCCCGGAGGCCUCCCGGAGGACCCGGAGGGGGCGGCGGGUUGGAGAACACUUUGCAGCUCAUCAAGUUCCACCUGGCAAACCGAACCGUGGUGGACAGCUCCGUGUUCCCAGCCGAGGGCCUGAUCCCCCCGUACGGGCUGACGUCACACACGUACAUCGACCUGGCAGCUGACGAGGAGGGCCUUUGGGCAGUCUAUGCCACCCAGGAGGACGACAGGCACCUGUGUUUGGCCAAGUUAGACCCACAGACACUGGACACAGAGCAGCAGUGGGACACGCCGUGUCCCAGAGAGAACGCGGAGGCUGCCUUCGUCAUCUGUGGGACCCUGUAUGUCGUCUACAACACCCGCCCUGCCAGUCGGGCCCGCGUCCAGUGCUCCUUUGACGCCAGCGGCACCCUGAUGCCGGAAAGGGCAGCGCUCCCUUACUUCCCCCGCCGGUAUGGCGCCCACGCCAGCCUCCGCUAUAACCCCCGAGAGCGCCAGCUCUAUGCCUGGGAUGAUGGCUACCAGCUCGUCUAUAAGCUGGAGAUGAGGAGCAAAGAGGAAGAGGUUUGAGGAGGCAGCCUCGUCUUACAAAUCUCCCGUCUCCAUACAUUUAUAUCCCCACUAAAUUUCCUGUGCCUCAUUAUCCUGACGUGGGCAAGUUGUAGUUCAAAUCUCGUAUUUCCAGCCAAUGGAGGCCAGGUUCUCAGGGCCUCUUCAUUCCGUAUGGGAUCUUGAGUAGUCCUUUUGGAGCUAAAAGAGGAGAGAAACCCUAAGGGCUCACUCUUCUCUCCUGCCCCACGUCAACAAAUUUCAGGCCAAAGAUGACCCAGAACCAGAGCUCCGACCCUCGUAUGGGGGCGACCCCAAUGAGAGGCAACAGGGUAUUUCUUGCCUCAGUGUGAGCUGGAGGCGAGAGGACUGGGAGACAAAUUUCAACCCUUGCCGUCUCUCCCUUUGGCGCCCUCAAGAAUGGGACUUUUCUCCACCUUGUCUUGUACUGAAGCGUCUUGCAUUAAAAGGAAAAUCCACUGCUC